CCUGGAAAAACUGUUGUUUUUGUUUAAGAAGCACGUGCUGGUCUUGAAUUUUACUAAAAAGUAAGAAAUUCUUCAAUUUUGGAACAAUUUUGCGCGAUUUCAGUGCAAGUUAGAGUCAUUUGUAGCUCCCGCCGCCGUUCCCGUUGGAAAAGUGAGCCGAGAAAGUGUAAAACCGUGGAAAAGUACAACCAGUUCCACAAAAGAAGCUGCUGAAACCACCGAAAAGGAUUCGACUUUUUUCGUGUUAUUUACCUGAAAAGGAACCUUUUACAGCGCUCCAGGAUUUUUUGUGUUGUUGCGUUUUUCGCGGAUUUUGUUCCCCUGAAUAAUAAUGGUGCGCAGACUAAGAAGAACGAAAAAGAAUCAAAAGUACGAUUAUAACCGAAAUCGGAAGCGGUUGAACAUCAAGGAUCGUCUAAAUGGCAGAGUUAAGUGUCCCCAGAUUCGCAAGGAGUAUGACAAGAACAAGGUGCCGGCCAAGAACAUCCGCGAGAUGGGACUGGCCUAUAACGUAAACCGGGCCAUCCCGAUACCGAACGUAAAGCGGCAGAUGAAGCUGAUGGAACGGGAGCUGAACAACGCCAAACCGCCACCAGCAGCAUCGACCGGAGGCGAUGAAAGCGAUUCCGAAGAGACGACCGCCGUUUCCAUCGCCACCGAGCAGACGGUGAAAAAGCCACGAAAGCCGGCCCCUAAGCAGUAUGUGGCCGAUCAGCUGGAACAGGAAGCGAACGAGUUUAACGGAAUACGUUACAAGUUGCCACGGCCGCAGGUUCGCCAGAUCAUGAUGAUGGUUGACCGGUACGGGUUCAACUACGCAGAGAUGGCCAAGGAUCGGCGGAACUACGAGCAAGAAACAUGGCGCCAGUUUCGGGCCAAGGUACGCCGCUUCCUGCGCAUUCCGGCUCAGUGUACGCCGUACCUGGAGCGGAAAGGAUGGCUCGAUUGUGAUAUGACCGAUGCAACCGAUCCGCGAUGGAAAGAGUACGGCACGGAUGAUGAGGCGUAAACGGGGCGGGGUAUUUUUGGGCCAUUUCCAUACGAAUAAAAGCUAAGAGACAAUAUUAUGUUGGUUUUCAACGGAAUGGCGGAUUUCUACACUUCAUUCACCGGAUCAAGGUCCGCGUGCCUAUGCGCUUGUUCCACGUUUCGACGAAACGAGUAGUGAAAGCGAAGUAGUGAGCAGAGCAUCA